AAAGACUUGAAAAAUUUUUUCACCAGAACAUAUUUCAGCUUGAAUUUGUCGAAAAAGUAAAAAUAAUACUUGAUGGAGUUUGAUUUGAAAUGGGCUCAUGGAAAGUACCAGGGAUCUUCAACAUUUCUCUCGUCUAAGGACAUAGUCAUUCCCUGCGAUACUUUUCUAAAAAUAUGUGACAGUACAGGUUCGAAUUUUCGAGAUCAAGAGCUACCAUGCCCGAUUCCCGUGGGUGGUCUUGCUGCUCUACCAGAGCUUGGGGUUUUGGCGGUUUGUGAUAAAGAAACAAAACCAAAUAUACACGUCUUCAGUUUUCCUAAAUAUGAAAAAAUAAGUAUACUGAAACAAGUAAGCGAUCUGGAGUAUAAGUUGCUGAAAUUUACAGGAAUAGACUACUUAAUAUCAUUCGGAUUUGGAGUCCUUCACAGCAAAGCUGAUAUAUGGAAAUGGUCUUCUGGAGAACUGUUAAAGUCAAUAUCUAUUCUGCCCCCCAUCCCGAAAUCCGUUCCUUUAUUUCUAACGGUCAAUCCGUUGUCAUGGUAUUUAUUAACCCUCCAAAUAGGGGAAAAGUUGUAUCAUUUCGAAAUAAACUUUACGAACAGCUCUCUCAAUGUUAGAGUCGAUGAGAUAUGUUUCGAUCGAAACGAUAUCGGAGGUUUUAUUUUGAAAAGAGUGAGUGCGAGUAGUUCGCAAAGUGAAGUCAAUAAUGAUGGUGAGUUUCAGUUAGCUUGCCAUUCUUGGAUUUCGGAUGAUUGCAUUUGCUUAGGUUCACCUCAUGGUGUCUUUAAAUCGUCUACACGUCCAGGAGAAAAUAAUUAUUUAGUAAAAGCAUAUCAGAAUGACCAACCCGUAACAAGUAUGUGCUUAACCCCAUCAGGUCUAUUUUUGGGAUUUGUAAAAAAUAUUAAAUUAAUUGAUAUUUCCAGUGAAGAUUGGAUUGUUUUAAACGACAUCGAAAUAGACUAUACUGUGACACAAAUAAUUUCCUCUCCAGAUUUUUCAGUGGUAAUUGCUGAAACUAAGCAAGGACUGUUUUCUUGGGACCAAACGUGUAAGAAAAUGUUUAAUUUGUUUAAAGUAUUCGAAUUAAGUAAUAUAAUCGACGUGUGUGUGAUCGGUCCUACAUCUGAACAUUUCGCGGUUGCUAUCGGAACAGGUUUACUUCAUUUCUUUCAAUUUGAAGAUGGAAGCAUGAUAAGCAGUAUUUCUAUCGAAGAAGAAAUAACUUCUUUUGCCGUAAGCCCUUUAUGUUCAUUGGUUGCAGCUGGUACUAACUCCGGUUACAUAUACUUAGUUAGCAUAGUAGAUAUACGCAUCCCAGUCAUCAUUCAUUACGUUUUAGGUCACGAAACAACGAUUGACGGAAUAAAAUUUGAUGACUUUGGACGUUAUCUAUUUACUGUCAACCAAGAUAAAGGGAUUAACAUUUGGAACGCCUCUCCAGAAUCUAAUUUCGGUUAUCUUGGACACAUUAAAAUUGCUCAGCGAGUGAAGGGGGUAGUGACUUUGACUGACUUUGAAAGUGAUCAUACAGAUAUUUUGAUUUUAGCAGAAGAUGGUUCAAACUCAGAAGAGCGAUCUGGUAAUGUGCUAAUUCGGCUAUCUUUACCGUUCGAUUUUAAAGCUAGCGUUGAAAAUUAUUACAUCGACAGCUUUGGCACGCUAAACAUCGAAAGCCUAUUUUACCAGAAAUGGCAUUUUGACUACCCAUGCUCUAAUCUUGAUGUCCAAAAAAAUAUGGGUGCUAUUCUCUAUUCUCCAAUCACCAAACAAAUUCAGAAGUUUUCUUUGUGGACCGAUUCAGUUUCAAGGCAAACCGAUCUCAUUGAGAUGAAUGACAUUUCAUAUUUGACCAUUUCAUUCAAUCAGCGAUAUUUAGCCGCAAUAACCAAAAGUGGCACUCUGCAACUUUUUAGCAAUAAAUCUAUGACAUUGAUCGCAUCCGUUUCAGCAAAUGUAACUGCGCCAUCUAAUGAUUAUGUUUUAGAAUUUUCCCGCUAUGGUAAUAGUUUGCUAGUCGCGAGUGAUGCUGGUUACUUGUCGAGGGUUGAAUGGGAUAGAAAACAUAGUAGUUUAGAAAUUAUUCCGAAAAGUUUAGUUCACUGUCAAAUGUAUUCCGAAAAUGAAAAUUCCGAGUUGCUAAAAGUGAAUGAAGAGAAAGAAGGUGGCAAUGCCAUCAAGAGAGAAAAUGCAAUUAGAAAGGAAAAUAAAUAUUUAACCUUUGAUAUGUGGGUUGAUAUUAUGUAUUUCAGGCUUAAAAAUCUUUUGAAAGCAGAUAUCAUAGAAGACAGCAAAAAAUUACUUGACGCUCAUUUCGUUUUUGACGACAGGUUUUUAAAUAACUUAUCAGAUCGCAAUUUCAUAAGAUUUUUGAAAUGUUUAGAAAGAGAAGGAGAAUAUAUGGAAAUCUCUGACAUACAGCCUCAUUCAAUGCCUAUUAAGGUGAUAUCAUCAACAAAUUUAGGAUACAUAGUUUAUAAUUACACAACAAUUCAGUUUCUACCAGGUAGAUUCCUUGAAGAAAACGUUCGCUCUCUCAAAUUAAAUAAGGCAAAUAUAGCCAAUGUAGCUAUGCAAAAACCGGCCUCUUUCAAAAUAAGCAUGGACCUCAGCAAAGCAAAAGAUAUUAUAUUGCUUUUAGAAAAUAUAAGAAAACAAGUGUGUUAUUACAAACUGGAUUUUAAUAAAACUUUCAAUGAUCUUUAUGAGGAAGCAAACGUGUUUUCUGAUAAACUGUCUGAAUUGUCUUUCAAAAUUAAGACAGAAAUUCAAAGUUUACCCUCGAAAGCUGAAAAGGAUUUGUGGAAUGCCAUUGCUAUUGCUCGAGAAAAAGAUGAAUUCACUCCAGAAAAUUCUAAUGAUUUAUUAAACUCGGAAGUAGUUAGUGACGUAGAAAACGCUUCAAAAACGAAACAAUCAAUAGAAUCUUUAGCUGAUGCAGCUCGUUGCUUGCGAGUAGUAUUCGAUUCGAAAGUGGAACGUUUGUUUUUGAGAAAACUGUUUUGCGACUAUAUCAUACAUGCGAAUGAGCUAAAAAUAUUUUGCUCCCUACUCUUGGUGGAAGCUCAAUGUGUUAUGAAUUCAUGGACUAAACGCAUGGUACAACAACUUGAUCUAUCAAAAAUUCUUAAUAAAGAUAUAUGUGCUGUAAUUAAAAAAACUACUAAAAUAGGAAAAAGCUACCACCAAUUGUAUAAGAAAAUCCAAGAAAUUGAACGAUCUGCUGCAUUACGUUUUGAAACGAAGUGUUCUAAACUUGAUUCUAAAGCCGAAAUUUCUAAAUUUUAUAAAUACCAACCACGUAAAUUGUAUGACGCAGCAUAUUGGUUACCUUCCAUUACUUCUGAAUACCUUUCUUCAGACGUAUUUCAAGUUAUGAUUCCUCCUCCUGAGAAUAUUGAUAUGGCGAAAAAAUGGCAAAAAAUGUGUUCCCGGAAGUCUCGCCUACUAAAACUCAACGCCAUUUUAAGAUGCAUUCAGCAACAAUGCAUUAAUAUUACACGCAUCAAAAUACACUGUGAAGAAAUACAAGAGAAAGAAGAUUGUAAUCUAUUUGAAGAAACAGAGAAAAUUUCAAAUGUUGAUGAAAUUUUGUCAAAAUUGACAGAAACCGUCCGUCUACUACUAUCCAAUAAUCUUGACGCAGACAUGCAAGAAUAUUUUCGAAUUGCGGGGAUGAAAUUAUCAGAUAUUCCGCUUUCAAACCAUUUCAUUUGGGAAGGUAUAAAAAAUAGUACAGAAAGGAACAAAAAUUUACAGAUAGAACUAGAGAAUACAGGAGCUUUAAUUGACGACUUUCAAAAAUUAGCGUCAGACCAGGACGCAGAACGAACGAAGAUAAAGCAGAAUUAUCAAUUAAUUCUUAAAGAACUGCAAAGUGAGCUCGAUGACCAGAAAAAAUUAUUAACUAACAUCAGCGAUAUUAUCGACCAUCUUAAUCAAACACAAAAAUGGAAUGUUUUUAAAAAGUUUGCCUAGAGGGUUUGAUUUGAUAUCGUUAUGCGAAUUCCUGAAAUUUUCAUUUUUAUCAUCUUUUUUAAUCAUUCCAUUAGUAAAAAUUUCACAGAUGGUAUGUGUUCAAAACAUUUUCUCGUACUACUUGAUGUGACUGAUCGAAUUGUACUGCUGAAAUGUUUUCAAUGUUUACUUCGCACUUAAUAUGUCUUCUCAAUGUUUAUUAGGAUUCUCCAUUAUUUAUUCAUUGAUAAAACAUUUCAU